AUGUCCUCUGAAGAUGUCCGCAUCGAAAGUUUGUCUCCAGAUGAGGAUGACAGCAGCGGACGGUGAGCAGUGUAGAAUUGAAAUGAGAAACAGACGAUUGCAGUGACUCGAUAUACUUUUCGACGAUUCGAAGCCGUCACGCCGACCAUUUCUUCGCCGACAUGCACAAUCACAAUACGCAGAAGGAAAAGAAGGGAGUGAUCCGUUACUCGGCCUACGAAGUCGUAAAACCCCUCCGCACUUCCACUUAUCCCAAUCUCCUUCUCAACAAACUUUCGUUCUCAAGAGAUCUGCGUUCUUCCUCGGACAAAGUACUUCUGCGACUUCCAGUUCUCAAGCAGGAGUUUCAUAACAUUUCAUUCGAAUUGAACAGUUCCGACGUGUUGGCGGUCAUGUACACGAAGGAGUCGGAGAUGCUCAGUUUCCUGAGAGUCAUGUGCGGAGUCAAGGAUGUCAGAGGGAAACUUUCCGGGGAUAUUCUGGUUAAUGGGCACCGGAUGAGCAGGGAUAGACUGGAAAAACUGUAGCGUUCGUUUCCUACGAGAGUCCCGUUUCGAACCUCACCAUCCGACAAUAUCUUCAAGUUCACUCAAGUUUCAAUCCUCCGAUGACAGAAAGAUACGGAGGAGUUACUCAUUUGGUAGAGAAUCCUAUUUCCCUGCCAUUCCACAGUCCCAUUUCAGAUAAACAAACUGAUGUCCGAUCUCGGCCUGGUCCCCGUCUGUAACAUAAUCUGCAGCCGUCUCAAUCGUUCCCAGUGGCAGAGGGUCAAAGUGGCGGCUCAGUUGAUCCGUGACCCGAGCGUUCUUGUCUGUUCGGAUAUUUUGAAAGAUGUCGACGUGCACGACCAGUGUUUUCUGAUCGAUUAUCUCAGGGAAUGGGCCAUCAAGACAAAUCGGAUAAUAGUAAUGGCAGUGUGUCCGACCAGUUUGCAAGUGCUCAAAUGUUUCGAAGAGUUAGUUUCUUUCUGAAAAUAUGCCUGAAAAUACUUUUCCAGCAUUGAUACUCGCUUCCGGACGAGUGUUGUACUUCGGUGCUCCCAAUUCAAUGCAACAGUACUUCGAGUCAGUCGGAUGUCCGUGCCCUCCUUACAAGAAUCUCUGCGACUAUUACGGUACUGUUCAUGUUCCAAGCAAACAAUAAUUUCAACCGUUUUUCCAGUGGACCUGGUUACUCAUGACAACUUGACCUCCGACGCUUCUCGAGAGUCGUCAGUGCGAAUUGCGAGGCUUGUGAACAAGUGGAAUCAGUCGGCGCCCCCCAUCAGAAGAACUUCCAGCGGAAAGUUUCUGCUUGACCUUCCGUCUGCCGGGAUUCUGAUGAGAACCUUCACUCUUCUGGGGUAACCGAAUCCGAUUCCCAUUCUGAAUGACGUCGAUUUCUGUUUCAGUCUGUUCUGGUUCGAUUUCAGCAACAACCGAGUCUCCCGAAUCCUGCUCCUUCUCCUCGUUUUCUCCUUUUCCACGUGUCUCUCUUUCUAUCUCUCCGACCUUCCCCCCACACUUCCAGAAGCAUUUCUAGAUCGAAACACUUUUCUGGAUCUAGUCGUAUUCUACUUUCCACUCAUGAUCGGAUUCAUUAACUUGAAGAAAAGUGAGAUAACAUCCUCAUUGAAAAACCGAAGAACUUCUUCAGGCCGUCAUCGUCUCAGAGAGUUUCUGAAAUUGUCCGUGUUCCGAGCUCACUGCUCUUCCCUCCUUUUCGCUAUUAUUUCUCUGCUCGCGGAGUUACCGGGACUCUUCCUGCUCGCCACUGUGUUUACGAUUCCGAUCACGAUCUUCACAGGUAUGGUUUCAAGAACUCUCCGAAUCUCCCAAUAUCCCUCAUUUUCAGACUUCCAUCGCAAGUCGCUCGCCUAUCCGACUUCGUUCGUUUCGCUCUCUUCCUCCGUGUUUCUCGCCCUCUCAACCGUCCAAUUGCUCGUCAACUCCCUUUUUAAUCUUACCAGUGAGCCGCUCGCUUUCUUCUUUUUCGGUCAGUUCCCAUCUUUUCCUCUCCCUUAUUCACUUAUCAUUUCAGUUGUUUCUUGGAUUUCUCUGUACCUCUGCACCGGUUUCCCUCUGCCGGUUCCCUCUCUGCUCAAGUAUUCGACGCCACUCCAGUUCCCCGCCUUCUCACUUUUCAGAUUUUUAUACGAAGGUAUUAAUUCUCGAUUCUCCACUUUUCAAUUGUCUAUAUAUUUGCAGAGAAUCCGUCUCCUUACCCGCCAAUCAUUGCCAAUUUGUCCGCUCCGAUUCAGUUGUACUCUUGUGGUCGGACGUUCCUAAAUGUCUGUUAUCAGCGAUCCGCCAGACUAUUCAUCUUAAAGUAUUUCAGACUUCUCAAGUGACGAAAGGACCUUGCCAGAAGGUAUCUUCCAUGGAAUUGCUCUCGUAUUACGGAUUCAUCGAAGAUAGAGAAAGAACGACGUUCAAAGGGUUCAUCAGCUCAAACCUGAUUAUUGGAUACAUUUCGUUUUCUAGUUUUUUGUUUUUCGUAUCUUUUGUGUUGUUGUAUCUAAAUAGGUCCAAAUUGGUUAAAAAGUACGCGAGAUAAUAAAGAUUGAAUUGUUCUUCUCCGACGGGCGACGCAACAAGAGGUUUUGAGGUGUGGCGAAAAAGAGUACGGUACGCUAUGUACGCAAACACCGCCACGUAAUUCUGCACAGAAAAAUUUUCUUUUUAGUUUACAAUUUUCUUCGUUCCCAAUGAACGCUGUUAAUGGUUUCUAUAAUGAUUCAAACUUACGAAUUUGUUAUUUUCCGUUUAAAAGUAUAAUUUUCAGCAAGAUCGAACACAAUGGCCCGCUCACGCAGAGAUAAGAACGGUAAAAUUCCGAUUUUGUCUGAAUAAUAACUGGAAUGUCGCAUUUUCAGUUUCGCUCACGAAAGUUAAGAAGAAGACCAAGGACACCAAGGAAAGCUUGAUCAACGAGGUAUAUAUUUUCAAUUAGUAAUCGACGCUUACUAAUGCGCUUCAGGUUCGAGCCAGUGUCGACCAAUACAAGAACUUGUUCAUCUUCACAAUUGCCAAUAUGCGAAGCACGCGAUUCAUUGCUGUAAGAAAAGAGUUUCACUUUCUCCAGUCAUUGUUACUGAGUUCAGAUCAGACAAAAGUACAAGGAGAGCUCCAGAUUCUUCUUCGGAAAGAACAACGUCAUCUCAAUCGCUCUUGGAAAGACUAAGGCUGAUGAGUACGCCAACAACUUGCACAAGGCGAGCGCCAUCCUGAAAGGUCAAUGCGGUCUGAUGUUCACAAACUUGACGAAGAAGCAGGUCGAAAGGUAGUUGAUAUAGUCGCGUUCUCAUUUUUAUCAUUCCAUUGCAGUGAAUUUGCGGAGGCUUCCGAAGAAGACUACGCGCGUGUUGGAGACGUCGCCACGGAGACGGUCGUUCUUCCGGAAGGACCCAUCGCACAGUUCGCUUUCUCGAUGGAGCCGCAACUGCGAAAACUUGGUCUCCCAACGAAAUUGGACAAGGGAGUCAUCACUCUGUAUCAGCAGUUCGAAGUGUGCAAGGAGGGAGAGCCAUUGACUGUCGAGCAGGCUAAGAUCCUGAAGCACUUUGAAAUCAAAAUGUCUCAGUUCCGUCUCAUCUUCAAGGGACACUGGAACAAGAAGGACGGCUUCAAAGAGCUCGACGCCUAA